ACCCAGUCCAGAAACGCAAAUCGAACCCAAAUCGCGAAGCUCAGCCUAGCGAUGCGAGCAGAGACGUGUCUCUCUCCCAUUUCCCUUAUCCUCUCGUACAAAUCGUACUCGAAUCAUUCAAGUGUCAAAAUCUCGUGUUCCUCCUGUCCUUGUUCAAAAUCAGACGAUUCUCUUCACUUUUUCGUUGGGAAUUUGGUACAAAACGGAGCUGACAUCCUUAUCCCAUCCAUGGAGAGAGGUUUGAAUUUUGAAUUUCAAAUUUGGAAUACCAUCCAAAUCUGCCCGUUUCCCCCUUUUCAAUUCAAUUCUCCCCUAUAAAUACUCUUGUUCGUCCACUGAUUAAUGGGAUUUUUUUAAGAGGCGAAAUUCUCGACCAAAACAGAAGUUAGAGAGACAGUGACUCACUUCAAAAUAACAGUCAUUUUCUUAUCUCAAAAACAACUAAAAUCGCAGUAAGAAAGAGUGAAAAUCAAGAGAUUGGUUCUCCUUUAAAGUUCUCUGGGUGAAUUCCUAGCUUGUCGGAAUUUGGCGUUGCUCCAUUUUGGUGGUGGAAGCUUCAUAGUUCAAGCUCGUUGUCCCGGAACGCUGCUCCAAAGAAGGGAUUUGAUAUCACAGAUUAUCCCGUACAGUGUGUGAUGACAACUGUCUACCCAGUGCCAUACUACUUGAAUGAUCCUAAGAAUGAUGAAACGGGCAUCAAUUAUGAGGUCAAUGGCAUUUUGAUGGUGAAUGGAGGUGGUUGUCAUGACUUCAUCUUCUAUAUCACCUCUUCUGUUAAAACGUCUGAUGGGAUCAUACUGACUGAAGAAUUAAGUCAGUCUAGCGAGAUCAAUCUACCCCCCACGAUCAGUGCUCAGACUUAUGGAUACUCUAUCUUGAGGUUCGCUUUGACAUGGUGCCUCUGUGUCCUGGUAAAAGCGUAUAAGUAUCUUAUGCAAUCUACUCUUCAUUUCCCCUUGCUCUUGCACGUGAAACGUAGAAACAUUUGUUCAGUUGGAAAACUAACAAAGUGGUAGUAAGAAUGCUGCAUUGCUACCUGAUGGUUUCGUUGCAUUACGUUAUAAACUUUGCUUCGGUUUCUCUUCCUUUGUAUUUUUCGAGAUCAAGCUGAGUUUAAUGCAGCAUUAUUAAGGUGGAAUCUAAGAUGUAAUUACUAUACAGUAACAGAAUAAGCUCUCUGUUCAGAGGCUUUACUAUUUAUUUAUUUAUUAGUACCUAAAAAUGUUCUGUUCAGUAUCA